AACGAGAGGUACCACAAGAAUUCUCGGCUGUGACUCGUAUCAGCAGUAUAAGAACUCUUUGCUUGCUGGUAAGGCCCUCGAAAUCUUCUCAAUGCUGGCAAUCUCCCAUCACUUUCAUGAGCCUCGGUGCAUCUUGCAAGAUGUUUUCGAUGAAGCAGACCAAAGUCAUUGAGCGUCCGCACAACUAUGAUGCUAGCAGUCCUCGUCCCGCAAACCUCCCAUAUGUCUACCUUGUGACUGCUUUCGUGUCCUUGGGAGCCCUCCUCUUCGGAUAUGACCAAGGUGUGAUGGGAAUCAUAGUGGCUGACGAUCGCUGGAUCCACCUCAUGAAGCCAGCCAAUUCCUGGGUCACAGGGGCUGUGGUAUCGCUGUAUGAUGUGGGCUGCUUUAUGGGCGCGAUGAGCAUCGGAUAUCUGGCAGACCAUUGUGGUCGAGAACGAACCUUGUCCAUUGCCAGCAUUGUGUUCAUCAUUGGAGCUGUUAUUCAAGCUGCGUCAUACGAUGUUCCGACCAUUACUGUUGGACGUGUCAUUCUUGGAUAUGGAGUAGGAGCAUGUGCAGCUGGAGUGCCGCUAUAUGUCUCAGAGAUUGCCCCAGCAGGCUUGCGUGGCCGGAUCAUUGGUAUCGAGCAGAUGAUCCUGUGCCUGGGAGAGCUGAUCGCCUUCUGGCUCGACUAUGGCUUUGCAUACCUGGAUACUCCCGAUUGGUGGCGUAUUCCCUUGGCCAUUCAGAUCAUUCCUGCCGCUGUCCUUGCUGUUGGGUGCUGGCUCUGGGUUCCCCCAAGCCCACGUUGGCUUGUGCAACAAGAUCGACACUCGUGCGCACGAGAGGUGCUCGCGAGACUACACGGAGACCAAGCUGCGGAAAUUGAAAUGCAAGAGAUUGCCGAAAGGGUAGCCUUCGAGAAGACGGUAGCGGUCACUACCUGGAAAGAUAUGUUCACAUGGCCGACCUUGCGGGUCACGCUGAUUGGAACGGGAGUGCAGUUCUUCCAGCAGAUAACAGGCACCAAUUCCAUUCUAUACUACACACCGAGCUUGUACGAGCGUGGCGGGAUCACCUCUGCACAUACACGCAACUUGGCGACAGGGGGCGUUGGGAUAGUCUUGUUCGUCUUCGCUUGGAUCCCCAUUUUUGUCUUCGACAGACUCGGACGGAAGACCUGGCUUCAAAUCGGUGUGAUCGGGAUGAUGGGUGCGAUGAUUGGGAUUACAGUCCUCCAGUGGCACGCGGAGAAAUAUCCGGGCGCGGGUGGCAAUUAUGCGAUCGUCGUGUUCCCGUACUUGUUUUACGUCUUUUUCAACAUCAGCUGGGGAGUCGGCAGUUGGACCUAUGCCAGCGAGAUAUGGCCUGUUGCGUUGCGGGCAAAGGGUAACGCGUUGAGCACCAUGAGUUUGUGGGCAGGAUGUUAUAUCGUUGCGCAGGCCAGUCCUCCCAUCGGAGAUGCCAUCGGCUGGGGCUUGUAUAUCAUCUACUCCGGGAUCUGUGUGCUGGCCUUCUUGUUCGUCCGGUACGCCAUGGUUGAAACGCGAGCGCGCACCUUGGAGGAAAUGAGCCGACUUUUUGGACUUGAAGACAAGUUCGCGGCUAGGAGGGGCAUCGACCCAGCGACAGCAAACGAAGCAAAGAGCGGGAAUAUUGUGCAUGAGCAGGUGGAGGAAGUGAGCAAGUAA